AUGGCCUUUCCUUACGUUCUUCUUCUGGAUGUUUUCUCUGCUAUUACCGCUCUUCUCAUCGUUCGACGCAUUCUUCAACCCAGGCCCUCCGCUCCUCUCCCCCCGGGUCCAACUGGCCUGCCACUUGUGGGAAAUAUCCUUGAUAUGCCUGCGGACAAGGAGUGGCUAACUUUCGCCAAGUGGGGGGAAAUAUACGGUGAUAUUUGCUCUGUUACUGUUCUAGGCCAGACCAUUAUCAUCUUGAACUCUGCCCGUGCAGCAGUAGAUAUGCUUGACAAGAAGAGUGCGAUCUACUCUGACCGGCCUACCCUACAAAUGGGAGGCGAACUUGUUGGUUGGAAGAAUACUCUUGUUCUGUUGCCUUACGGCGACCGGUUCCGCCGCUACCGCAAAAUCUUUUACAGCCUCAUUGGCUCUCAGGCAACAAUGAAGCAAUAUCAUCCGCCUCAAGAACUGGAGACGCGCCGUUUUCUUCGUCGGGUCCUUUUCAAGCCUGAAGAACUUGCCGCUCAUGUUCGCAAAACUGCAGGAGCUGUCGUUUUACGCAUCUCUCACGGAUAUGAAGUCAAAGAAACUGAUGAUCCGUUCGUCCGACUUGCAGAUCAAGCCACUGAGCAGUUUUCGGCUACUACCAAAGCUGGCGCCUUCAUUGUGGACCUGGUUCCUGCUUUUCGGCAUGUGCCUGAUUGGUUCCCUGGAACGGGAUUCAAACAGAAAGCCAAGGCUUGGGCCGCCACACUUCAGGAAAUGGUUGAACAGCCGCACAAUUUUGUCAAGCAACAAAUUGCCGCUGGAACGGCAGCGCUCUCCUUUACUUCUUCGAUGCUGGAGAGUAAAUCUCUAAGCGUCGAGGAGGAAUUCGAUCUUAAAUGGUCUUCUGCGUCUCUGUAUAGCGGUGCAGCCGACACUACUGUGUCUGCGAUAUACGCGUUAUUCUUAGCGAUGGCGUUGUUUCCUGAUGUUGCCAAAAAAGCUCAAGCGGAAAUUGAUGCCGUCGUAGGCAAUGACAGGUUACCUACAUUUGCCGACCGCGAACAUCUUCCUUACGUCGAUGCUCUCGCCAAGGAGGUUUUACGAUGGAACACCGUCGUCCCUACAGCUGUCCCGCAUCGUGUAAUGCAAGAUGACGUCCACACGCACAGCAACGGAAACACGUAUUUUAUACCCAAAGGCGCUCUCGUCGUGCCAAAUAUCUGGAAACUCGCUCACGAUUCAAGGACGUACACGAACCCAAUGGAAUUCAACCCAGACCGGUUCAUUCCCUCGGGGGGCAGGAAAACGGAGCCUGAUCCUCGCGAGCUAUGUUUUGGUUUCGGUAGACGCAUCUGUCCAGGAUUACACCUUGCCGAUGCCUCAGUCUUCAUAUCAUGUGCGAUGUCUCUGGCAGUUUUUGAUAUAUCCAAAUGCGUCGAAAAUGGCGUCGUCGUCGAACCUCUUCAUGAACAGACGUCGGGGACGAUAAGCCACCCGAAACCCUUCAAAUGCGACAUCAAACCGCGUUCCCAUAAAGCAGUUUCUCUCAUUCAAGCCGACGAGAUGAUGUAG